UGUAUUGUUGUAGAGGCCGGGUGUAAUUGAUAUCUCCGUGAUAUUAAUAUAUUUCUUUUGCCGAAAAAAACAAAGCAUGGUGACUCGCCAACUCCAAGCAAGCACAAAGGAUCACGCUGAGUGCGGAGAAACUACCAGUGCACAAGCAAUCACAAAGUGACAAAGCUGGGUGCCGUGCAGAAAUCUGGGCGCUCGCCCGUCCACGACGCAAGCGCUGAGGAAGGAGAGGAGAAGCUACUCCGUGGUGCGUGGCGAGCUCCAAGGCCGCCGCCGCGACUGCAGCUGCAAUCUUAGCGGAUCAGUCCCUGGCGAUAUCACAUCAGCCUCCUCCAGCUCAGAUCAUGAGGAAUGGAGGGGUUUCUUGUCAGUGCCGCCACGGGUGCCUUGAAACCCGUCCUGGGGAAGCUGGUCGUUGUGCUGGGCGACGAGUACAAGCGUUUCAAGGGAGUGCACAGCCAGAUAAAGUUCCUCGCCGAUGAACUCAUGGCCAUCCAUGCUUUUCUGCUGAAAAUGUCUGAGGUCGAGAAUCCUGAUGCGCAAGACAUGGCAUGGAUGAAUGAGGUGCGGGAUCUGUCCUACGACAUCGAAGACAGCCUCGACGAAUUCAUGCUACGCGAUGACACUAAGCCAUAUGGCUUUAUUGAGAAGAUCAAUAAUUUGUUAGAGAAGACCAGGAGUCGGAGUAGUAUUGCCAAAGCAAUCCAAGAUUUGAAGAAGCAAGUGGUUAUGGUGGGCGAGAGGCAUGCAAGGUACAAGAUUGGUGAGGGUGUCUCCAAGACAAGCAACACUACUGUCGACCCUAGAGCUCUUGCUAUAUUUACGGACAUGUCAAACCUUGUCGGUAUUGAUGGGCCGAAGCAUGAUGUUAUCACAUUGCUUAGUGAAGAAGUUGGGGGUAAAUUAACGCAACAACAUCCAAAGGUGGUCUCUAUUGUUGGUUUUGGUGGACUGGGUAAGACGACUCUUGCACACCAAGUAUAUGAAGAGUUGAAAGGGGAAUUUGAAUGUCAGGCUUUCAUAUCGGUGUUAAGAAAUCCAGAUAUGAUGAAAAUUCUUAGAACUAUUCUUAGUGAAGUAAGUAAGAAAGACUAUGCUAGUGAAGCUGCGGAUGAACAACAACUCAUUAUCAAGAUCUCCAACUUCCUCAAAGACAAAAGGUGCUACCUCAACUCAAUUUUACUCGUCAUCUUCUAA